AUACGUGGGCUUAAACGCAGUGACAACAUGGCUAACAUCUCACCUUCGUCUGUGAAGGAUUGUUACCUUUGCUCUUCGUCUUUAGAAAACUCCGUUGUUUUAAAAUGUUGCCACAGUUUGUGUAAAAGCUGCUUACAGAGCUACUGGGAGUUCAACAAGACUCUGGAUUGUCCUGUUUGUUUUAGGGGGACACGCUGUUCUGUGCUUCUGCAGCAGCAUCCGAGUGUUUUAUGUUUUGCCACCGUUUGUAUAAUCUCAGAUGACGGCAAAGCAAAAACAAACCCUGUGAGGGACGCAGAAAGUGAGAUGAGAGAGCAGUCAAGUGAAACCAGGGACGAGCAGUUGGAUACAGAUGUGAUGCUACAUGACGUAAUUCCUUCAACAAGUGAAUCUGAAGAGGAACCUCAUCCACUACCCACAGCUACAUCGAAAUCAUUGAGGUCCAACCUGUGUCCAAAAUACGGCAAGAGAUUCGAAAAAAAAUCUGACCUGAGAGCUCACGAAAAAGUGCACGCCUUAAGAAAGCCGUAUCAGUGUUCCACCUGUGGAAAGAGUUAUGCUCGUAAAACUGAACUCACAGUACACAUGUGUCUGCACACAGGUGAGAAGCUGUUUAACUGCCCUCACUGUGAGAAAAAGUUCACCAGAGAGAAAUGUUUGAAGUCCCACUUAAGGAGCCACACAGGGGAAAAGCCGUUCUCUUGUUCUCAAUGUGGGAAAAGUUUUUCUCUAAAAAGUACCCUAAAAACUCACCUGCGGCUGCAUGCAGGAAAUCUGCCUCAUCGGUGUGAUGAUUGCGGGAAGCUUUUCAACACUGCAGCUGCUAUGAGGAGCCACAAGUUGACCCACACCGGCGAGAAGCCUUUUCCAUGUCCACAAUGCGACAAAAAGUUUGUCCUAAAGGUUCAGCUGGAGACUCACCUCUAUAGCCAUUCAAGGAUCAAACCAUUCAGCUGUUCAGUGUGUGGGAAGAGUUUCCUAUCAAAGCAGCUACUUAACAUUCAUCAGGUCGUUCACAAGGACGACCGUCCCUUUCACUGCACACAGUGCGAGAAAAGCUUCAAAAGGAUGAGCCACCUGACAUCACACAUAAAGACCCACAGCUCUGACACCCCUUACAAGUGCACCUACUGCAGCAAAUCCUUCAAACUUCCCUUCUACCUAAAACUGCAUGAGAGUAUUCACAGUGAAGAGAAGCCUUACAGCUGUGAACAGUGUGGCAAAAGCUUUCGUUUAUCAGGUGAUUGCACCAAACAUCAGGCUGUACAUUCAGAGGAAAAACGGUACAAGUGCUCAAUCUGUGAUAUGAGGUUUCGCUUCAACAGUUCGCUGAGGAGCCACAAAGUCGUUCACUCUGAGGACAAACCUUACCACUGUGAGAAGUGUGGAAAGAGCUUUAACAGACUCGAUACCCUGAAAAGCCACAAGUUGAUCCACACUGAUAAAAGACCUUAUAAGUGUUCUCAAUGCGGUUUAGCCUUCAAGUCGUCAUCAAUUCUCUGUAAACAUCAAAACAUUCACUCCAGGAAAUCCCUCUUCUCCUGCAGCACCUGUGGCAAAACCUUCACUCGCCAAGACGUCCUCAAAAGUCAUCAAGAUGUUCAUGCAGAAAAAUGGAAAUGCUCAGAGUGUGGAAAAUGCCUGAGCUCUGCAAGUUGCUUGAAGAAGCACAUGGAGCAACACUUGGGUAAGAAAAUGUACCACUGCGCCGAGUGCGAGAAGAGUUUCAGCUCAGUGGCAUACCUGAGGAAGCACCAGAAGAUGGUGCACAUUGAUGAUGAAAAGCCAUAAAUAAUACAAGGGAUAACUGGUUACUGACCAGCUGCACUAUCCAGGGGAAAUGAAGCAUGAGAAGAUUAAAUCUAAGAAAAGCGACCUUAUUAGCGAUCAUCUAAAACAAAUAAUACAUCAUUAGAAAAAAAGUAUUGUUUGUUUUUUCUAAAAAUUCACUGCAGUGAAAGGCUGUGGUUACGUCUAUAUGCAUGCUAUUUGGUUUUGUAUACUUGACGUGCAUAUCAGUUUAUACCUCACUUUGGUAUGCUUUGACAAUUUUUUUUCCAUUUUUUGGUUUUACAAGUGUUUAACAAGUUUUUAAAGUGCUUAAUUAAAAGGUAGGCAUACAGUAGUUACUACUAAAUUGAUAUAAGCCAUUUAUUAAUUCAGUGUUUACAUUGCUGUUAAGUUAUUUCCCAAUGGAAUGUGAACAGUAUAAAGUUGUCAAUUGGUGUGGUUCCAUCCUGAAUUUCUUUAAAAUGAGAUGAAUUAAAGGAAAUUUUACUGCCAUUUAAUAGUAAUACUUUUUAUUUUAAAGUGUUGUGACUAAUCAACUAUACUAACACAAUGAAUAUAUUAAUCUUU